GCUCAACUUAACGCUGCUGCUGUCUGAUCAGCGGGUCUUGUGACUCCGCUGUCUGUCGUCAACAUGAUCACUACUACACUGAAGUGCACUGUCCUGCUCCUGGUCCUGGGCUUGGGUCGGGGGCUGCUGUACAACGGCAUCGAUGAAGUCGAGGAGGAGGAGGCGGCCGAGCGCGUCGCUGAGGCUUCCAGGUUCGGCUCUCUGUGGCCUCUGCCGCAGAAAGUGCAGAUCUCUCAGGUUUCAUUCAAGCUGACCAGCGCCAGCUUCAAAAUAGUUGACGCCAAGCAGUCUUCCGCCGGGCCGAGCUGCAGCCUCCUGCAAGACGCGUACAGGAGGUAUUACGAAUACAUGUUUGGCAACGCUAAAAGGCAGCAGCUGAACAAAGGCAGGCGGUCAGGCCCCUCCGAGCUAACAGAGCUGCAGGUGUGGAUCACAUCACCUGACUCCGACUGUGACGGUUACCCCGGUGUGACUUCUGACGAGUCAUAUGAGCUGUCCGUGGAUCAGCCGUAUGCAGUCCUGAAAGCACCGAAGGUCUGGGGAGCUCUGCAUGGUCUGGAAACUUUCAGCCAGUUGGUGUAUGAAGAUGAAUAUGGAACUAAAAGCAUCAAUUCAACAACAAUCAGUGAUUUCCCCAGAUUUGCACAUAGAGGCAUCUUGCUGGACAGCUCUCGGCAUUUCCUGCCCAUCAAAGUCAUCUUGGCUAAUCUGGAAACAAUGGCGAUGAACAAAAUUAAUGUUUUCCACUGGCACAUCGUGGAUGAUCAAUCCUUCCCUUACCUGAGCCGAACGUUCCCACAGCUGAGCCAGCAGGGGGCUUACCACCCAUACACACAUGUGUAUACUCCCGCUGAUGUGAAGAUGGUGAUUGAGUUUGCCCGUCUGAGAGGCAUUCGUGUUAUCCCGGAGUUCGACACUCCAGGACACACGCAGUCUUGGGGCAAAGGCCAGACGGAUCUGCUCACGCCCUGCUACUCUGGCUCCAAACAAUCUGGCACCUUCGGACCAGUGAACCCCAUCCUGAACACCACCUAUGACUUCAUGAACCAGUUCUUCAAGGAGGUCAGCACUGUGUUCCCCGAUGCCUACGUUCACCUGGGAGGUGAUGAGGUGGACUUCACCUGCUGGAAGUCUAACCCGGACAUCCAGAAGUUCAUGGAUCAGCAAGGCUUCGGACAAGACUACAGCAAACUGGAAUCAUUUUAUAUCCAAAGACUCUUGGAAAUCGUCACCACUACCAGGAAGGGCUACAUAAUCUGGCAGGAGGUCUUCGACAAUGGUGUGAAGCUGAAACCAGACACACUUAUCCACGUUUGGAAAGGAAACCAGCAGCAAUACCAGAACGAGAUGGCAAAUGUUACAGCAUCAGGGUACCAGACCCUGCUGUCCACUCCCUGGUACCUGAACCGUAUCUCCUACGGCCAGGACUGGCAGGGCCAUUACAAGGCCGACCCACAGGAUUUCAAGGGAACUGAAGAACAAAAGAAGCUUGUGAUUGGUGGAGAAGCCUGUUUGUGGGGAGAAUAUGUGGACGCCACCAACCUGACACCCAGACUCUGGCCUCGUGCCAGUGCUGUGGCAGAGCGGCUGUGGAGCGCCAAGGAUGUGACGGACAUCAACGAUGCCUUUAACAGACUGUCUGCACACCGCUGUCGUAUGGUGGAGCGCGGAAUCCCAGCUGAGCCGCUGUUUUCCAGCUACUGUCCCCGUGAAUACAGGGGUAUAUGAAAGCGACUGAGAGGCUGGAGGUGGGAGCGAGAAAGGGACGAAAAUCCACGCACUAUGAACUCCAUGCUUGUAUUUUAAACUGAGAAAUCAAAUCACUGCCUUUCUAGAGACAGAUCAUCCUUUUUAAAUCUGCAGAUGAGCAGAACUCUUGAUCACACCUAAUGUCAACCACCCUGACUUUAUGAAUGCACUCUUUGUUUUUUAUGAAUGUUUGUAUAAUUGUGAAUAAAAUGUUUACAUUUUA